AUGUCUAUCUAUUCAGAUGAUUCAAACAAUACUCCUGAAGAAUGUAGUGUUGAAGAAAAUUUGCUACUACAAUUAGAUGAUGAAGUUAGUGAUUUGGAGGAGGAUAUUAGUAUUGAAAUUGAACAA